AUGAAGCAAAGAAUUAGUGCACUAGACUUACAGCUUUUAGCUAGAGAACUGAAACAAGAUUUGGAAGGGUACCGAUUGAGCAAUAUAUACAAUAUUGCUGAUUCGUCAAAGCAGUUUCUCCUAAGAUUCAAUAAACCUGAUUCUAAACUGAAUGUUGUUGUAGAUUGUGGCUUGAGAAUUUAUUUAACCGAAUUUAGCAGACCAAUUCCCCCAACUCCUUCUGGAUUUGUUGUAAAACUGAGGAAGCAUCUGAAAGCUAAACGGCUAACAGCUUUAAAACAAGUAGACCAAGAUAGAAUUCUUGUUCUGCAAUUUGCCGAUGGUCACUUCUACUUAGUGCUGGAAUUCUUCAGUGCAGGGAAUGUCAUUCUUCUAGAUCAGAACAGAAGGAUUUUGUCCCUGCAAAGAGUGGUUUUGGAGCAUGAAAACAAGGUUGGUCAAGUUUACGAAAUGUUCGACGAAUCUCUUUUUGCCGCAGGUAACACGCCUACUAGCGAAUAUGUAGUAGGUACAAAGAUAGAAUACACCUCCAACACUAUCAAUGAGUGGAUAAAGGCAACUCAAACCAAGUAUGAAUCGGACAUUGCUGUUAUCAAACAACUCAACUUUCAAAAUAAAGAUGAUCCUAAAAAAAAAAAAGUCAAGGUGCCUUCGAUCCAUAAACUACUACUUUCAAAAGUUCCUCAUCUGUCUUCAGAUCUACUAUCGAAAAACCUUAAUGUGUUCAAUAUAGAUCCUUCGGAAUCUUGCUUAGCACUUUUAGGUAAGACAGACGCACUUGCGGAAUUGUUAAAUAGCACGCAAUUGGAGUAUAAUAAACUGCUGACUACUUCUGAUAGGAAAGGUUACAUUUUGGCCAAAAGAAACGAAAAUUUCAACUCUGAGAAGGAUACGGCCGAUUUAGAAUUUAUUUAUGAUACAUUCCAUCCCUUCAAGCCGUAUAUCAGUGGGGAGAACAACAAUUCUUCCACCAUUAUAGAAGUUGAAGGCCCUUACAAUAAAACAUUAGACAGUUUUUUUUCAACGAUAGAAUCUUCCAAAUAUGCCCUACGUAUACAGAACCAAGAGUCGCAAGCGCAAAAGAAAAUUGAUGAUGCUCGUACCGAAAACAAUAGAAAAAUACAAGCUUUGUUAAACGUCCAGGAAUUGAAUGAAAAGAAAGGUCACCUCAUAAUUGAAUAUGCAUCCUUAAUCGAGGAAGUAAAACUUGCUGUUCAAGGCCUAAUCGAUCAACAAAUGGACUGGAGCACUAUUGAGAAACUAAUCAAAAAUGAACAAAAAAAAGGUAACAAGAUUGCUCAGCUUUUGAACUUACCUUUGAAUUUAAAGCAAAAUAAGAUCAGCGUUAAACUUAAUACUUCUAACAUCAAGGAAAGUGACAGUUCUUCGGAUGAAGACAGUGAAUCAGAAGGCAGCAUUAUUAGAAGUUCUAGUGAUUCAGAUUCAGAUGAGGUAAGCAACUUGAAAGAGAAAAACAUGAAAAGAAAACCUAGUGAUACGGUAAACGUCACAAUUGAUCUUGGUUUAUCAGCUUACGCUAAUGCCUCUGAAUAUUUCAAUAUCAAAAAAACAAGUGCCGAAAAACAGAAAAAAGUUGAAAAGAAUGUCAACAAGGCUAUGAAGAAUAUUGAAAUCAAAACUGAUCAACAACUAAAAAGAAAGCUAAAGGAUUCUCAUAGUGUUCUAAAAAAGAUUCGUACUCCGUACUUUUUUGAAAAGUAUAGUUGGUUCAUUUCAAGCGAAGGGUUUUUGGUCAUGAUGGGCAAAAGUCCAGCUGAGACAGAUCAAAUCUAUUCAAAGUACAUUGAAGAUGAUGACAUUUAUAUGUCGAAUAAUUUUAACACACACGUAUGGAUCAAGAAUCCUGAAAGAACAGAGGUUCCACCAAACACUUUGAUGCAAGCUGGUAUACUAUGUAUGUCCUCAAGUGAAGCCUGGUCCAAGAAAAUAGCUUCUUCCCCAUGGUGGUGCUUUGCAAAAAACGUUAGCAAGUUUGAUAGCUCUGAUAAUUCCGUUCUACCAGAGGGCGCCUUCCGACUAAAGAAUGAAAAUGAUCAAAAUCUUUUGCCACCUGCUCAACUUGUAAUGGGUUUCGCAUUCCUAUGGAAAGUAAAAACCGGUGAAAAUAAUGAUAGCGGUGAUGAUGAUGAUGAUGAUGAUGAUGAUGAUGAUGAUGAUGAUGAUGAUGAGAGCGAGGCAAAAGAACAAGAAAAGCAAGAAGAAGAGAAUGAUCAUGGAGUCAAUGGGCCACCGGAGAAUGACGAUGAAAAUUUGGAUACAGAAAGCAAUGAUUAUGAAUCUGAUAGCCAUGAAAAGGAGGUCGAAGGAGAGAGCAUAUCAUCUGAAAUAGGUUCGGAUUCGGAAAAUAUCAAGGCUAACAAUGGCAGUGAUGGUAUGCAACGUGUAGCUGCUGAAUCAAGCAGUAUCAUAUCUUUGUUAGAUAGCAUGAACAGCAACGUCCGUGGUAAAAAAGGAAAAUUAAAGAAAAUUCAAAGAAAAUAUGCAGAUCAAGACGAAACAGAACGUAUUUUGCGUUUAGAGGCUUUAGGCACUUUGAAAGGUAUCGAGAAACAACAACAAAAGAAGAAAGAAGAAAUAAAGAAGCGGGAACUUAGAGAAGAUAAAAAGAACAGACGUGAGAAACAAAAGAGAUUACAGGCUUUGAAAUUCACCAAAAAAGAAAAGGCUAAGGUUAACUAUGAUAAGUGUAAGGCUGAAUUGAAGCCAUCACUCGAUAAGGAUGAUAUUGUUGUUGACAUUAUACCAGUAUUUGCUCCUUGGCCUGCACUUUUAAAAUAUAAAUACAAGGUUAAAAUCCAACCGGGAAGUGCAAAGAAAACCAAGACUUUAACUGAAAUAUUACACUAUUUCAAAAAUAGAGCAGUAGACACUUCUUCAACUGACAAAGAAAUGGAUUGGCCACAAGAACAUGAAAUGAUCAAAAGCUUGAAAGAACAAGACUUGGUUCUUUUACUUUGUGUCGAUAAAUUAAAAAUAACAAUCACUGGGCAGAAGUCGACCAAGAACGGUGAUGUUACUUCACGAAAGGGCAAAAAGAAGACUAAGUCAGCUCGAACGAAGAAAAAAUAA